UGGCGAAUUCUCUCGUUAUAAACAACAAACAGCAGAUGCGUGUAUGAAGCUGUAAGAUAUUUAUUUCAGAGUGUAAACAGCUUCAGUGGUAUUAAUGGUAGUUUUCUAGAGUGCUUGAACGACUGUCAGUGAAAAUCGUUUUUUGAAAUAAUCAUUUUCUGUUUGAAUGUUUUAAAUUGUGAUUUAUUGUUGUAAACUGUUUUGCUGCGCGAUUUCAAAAGCCAGUCCAGUAGGUGCACCGCAAGCUAGUUUGCCGCCGUUACUUACCACAGAAGAAGAAGAAGAGCAGCUGACUGACUGGAUAUAUGUAAAAAUGAGGUUCCGCUUUUGUGGAGAUCUCGACUGUCCUGACUGGGUCCUUGCAGAAAUGAGCACCUUAGCUAGGAUGUCGAGCGUAAAGAUGAAACUUCUGUGCGUGCAAGUCAUUAAAGAUCUGCUCGAUGAAGACAUCGAUUAUGACAAAGUUUCAAAGCUAACCUCAGACGCAAAGUUUGAAAGCGGAGACAUUAAAGCCAGUAUAGCAGUGCUGAGUUUCAUUCUGUCCAGUGCUGCUAAGCAUGACGUGGACAGUGAAUCUCUCUCCAGUGAGCUUCAGCAGCUCGGCCUCCCUAAAGAGCACACCACUGGACUGUGUAAAUCAUAUGAGGAUAAACACGGCGCUCUACAGGAAAAGUUAAGGGAGAUCAGUUUGCGCUUGGGUCGUCUGGAAGCAGUGAACUGGCGGGUCGAUUACACCUUGAGCUCCAGUGAACUGAAGCAAGUGAAUGAACCCACAGUUCAGCUCAGACUUCAGGCUCAGGACCCCGAGACAGACUCCACGCAGACCACCACUGUCUCCAUCACCGCUGACAAGUUCAGAGUACUGCUAACAGAACUCAAACAAGCACAGACUAUGAUGAAUGCACUACAGUGAACCAGUCAGCAUUUGUUGAAUUAUAUUGCUGAAAUGUGUACAGAAUCUGUUCGUGUUUAUAAACUGUGCUUCUAAAAAAAAAAAAAAAAAAAAAAAUCUUAACAUUUAUGCAUUUUGUAAGCUCUUCACAUAAAAUGUUGACUAAUGUUGUUGCUCAAAUUGAGCAACCUUUUUUUGGGGGGGUCCAAAUGUCACUAUAAAUGGAAUCUUGUUGAAUCUUGUAAAUGGAAUGUGUCACUUGUUUAUCUGUGUCAUCCAGCGAAUAAACUGCUAUUAGUGAUUCAUCUCACCUCAUGUAUUUGAAUUAAAUAUGUUAAUAUAAUGUGCAUUUUUACACAUGUAUUAUUAAAAUGAAAAUACUAAUAAAGUCAUAAUUAAAAUUGUG